UUGUACAGUACUACCAAUAUAAACGUAAUACUAUUAUAUUUUGUUCAAAGAUAUAUCAUAUUUUACUUUUAUUAAGUACGAUAAUUUAAUGAUUUUUAUAAAUUUUAAGUAAUUACAUAAAGCGUGCUGAGUUCGUUAGAUAAAUUGAAAUAAAUAUGUCAGAAAAGAAACCAAAAAUAAUUGUUUUUGAUUUAGACUAUACAUUAUGGCCUUUUUGGGUUGAUACACAUGUAACACCCCCUUUUGUAAAACGGAAAAAAAAUGAAAUAGUAGAUGCACAUGGUCAGAUUAUACAUUAUUAUAAAGAUGUACCUGAUAUACUAAAGAAAUUGUCAGAGGAAGGAUAUGAGCUUGGCGUAGCAUCACGCACUUCAGAGAUUAAAGGUGCUAAACAAUUAUUGAACUUACUAGAUUGGGAAAAAUAUUUUAAAUAUAAGGAAAUAUAUCCUGGUUCCAAAACAACUCAUUUUUCACAGAUUAAAAAAUUAUCUAAUGAGGAGUAUAAAGAUAUGAUGUUUUUUGAUGAUGAACAACGAAACAUAUCUGAUUUAAAUAAAAUAGGAGUGUUGUCUAUAUUAGUUAAAAAUGGUAUGACGCAUGAAGUUAUAGAUUAUGGAUUAAAAAAGUUUUCCAAAUUAUAAUUAUUAUAUAUUUUGAAACAUAAUAUUGUAAAUAAUACUGUAUAUACAUAUUUUAAGCAGCAAUUUAUAUGUUAUA